AUGUUGAGUGAGUUCGAAAAGGCGGUGGAAUUCGUGCGGAAGCCUGUCGACGGGCACUCACCCUCAACAGCGCAGAAACUCCGGUUUUACGGCCUGUAUAAGCAGGCAACCGUUGGCGACAACGAAACACCGGAGCCCUCCUUUUACCAAUUAGAGGCCAAGCAGAAAUGGAAAGCAUGGGCGGACUUUAAGGGCAUGGACAAAGAGGCAGCCCAGCAGGAGUACAUCAAGGAGCUCGACAAGUCGACCCCUAACUGGAGGGAACACACGCAGUAG